AGAUUAGCUGUUACUUGUGUAGGAAGGCGAUUCCAUGUUAACAGAUCGAGUCUGGGAGGCAAUUGUGAAGGCUUUUUCAAGCCAAAUGAAGUCUGCUUUCACUGCAUCAAGUUUUGUGAAAGAGAUAUUUACUAUGGGGUAUCCCAAACUCUUCUCCAUGAUAGAGAACCUUCUUGAAAGAAUUUCGCAUGAUACUGACGUCAAAGGCGUUUUACCAGCUAUCAGUUCAGAGGGCAGAGAUCAAAUGGUUGCGGCUGUUGAAAUAUUCCAGACAUCAUUCUUGGCUCUUUGCUUGAGUCGCCUAUCGGAUCUCGUGAAUUCCAUAUUUCCUGUGUCGAGCCGUGGAAGUGUUCCCUCCAAAGAACAGAUCUCAAAGAUUAUAUCACGCAUUCAGGAAGAGAUCGAAGCUGUUCAGUUGGACGGGCAUUUGACCCUUCUUGUCUUGCAUGAAAUUGGCAAGGCUUUGAUCCUGCUUGCACAACGUGCUGAGUACCAGAUUGCAAGUCGUUAUGGGACUUUCUUGUACACUCACUCUGUAUUAGAUUGUAUUAUUUUGGCAAUAAAAUUUUAUUACUUAUAUAAAAAAAAGACAUGCUAAAAUAAUGCACCUAUG